AAAAAAAAAAUUAAGUUACCAUUUAAUCCCCUCAACUCUGUAACCACUUCUCAAUGAGUCCACUCUCAUCGAAUUUAAGCACGCGUGGUCUGAAAAAACUUGUGGUUCUAUUCUCUUGAAUUCAGAUUCCGGUCGAAAGAGAUGGAGAAAAAAUGGUUGGUGCUUCUGCCUCCGGCGAGUGGUCAGAGUCGCCGGAACAAGUGGCGGGAUGUGGUGAUGUGGCAUUAACUUGUGGAGGAAAUUGCACCGCUGUCAGUUGUCCGCUCUUGUCUUUUUACCUUCGUUUCCCCCCUUUUCCCUCUGUAGAGGAAAAUUAGGAACCACAGAUUUGAUUUAGGGGGAGAAAGGAGGAAAACCAAGCGACUUGGGGUAAUUCCAUCAUCAGCCAUGGCGUUGAAUCUGAGUGCCGCUUCUCUCUCCCAGUCCCAGAUUUCUUCGUCCGCGUCCCCUUCUACUUCGGCCUCCAGUUGCGGCGGUCAUCAGUUUGUCUUCUUAAAACAAAAGCACAAGGAUCCCUUGACGAAGCAGCUCCUGCGCCUUGUUCCUUCUUCCAAGGCGUUUGUUCAAGCCGCUGACAAUGGAGAAUCCGACCCUUCUUCCUCCUCCUCCUCUUCUGAAUCGUUGGUGAUGUCCUCAUCACGCACACAGCUGGAAUUAUUGGAACAACUUACAUCGGCCUCACCAUCUCCUAAUGGUAAAGGUUACGAGAGUGAUAGAGCAACUUCCACGACGAUCCGGGAGCAGCUCGUGCGCUUGGCUGGGGACAGAGACGGUGACGACUUCACCAUUAAAUUGGUGGGUAAAAAUCUAAACAAGGCCAGCCCCAAGUUCUUGACAACUUCCCAGAAGAGAAACAUCAAGCGACAAGCUUACUUGAAUAAGGUAUCAACAAGGAAUGACUCUGUUUUCUUUGCCACUAUCGGAGCCUUUGUCCUUCUUCCACCUUUGAUCAUCUUGGGGAUCGCCGUGGCUACUGGUUACGUUCAGCUCUUUCCCUAAGCGGUAGGAGUAGGAUGUAUAUGCAUACUUUACUUGUCAUCAUCGCCUGUUUAUAUUAUAUCUGUAUAGUCAAUGAAAUUCAAGUUGGCUUUACCACUAGUUCUAGUAAUAAUGUCUGGUUUUCAUUUUUGGAAUGGACUGGUGGGAUGGGGAAAGAAGUAUCUUGUGGUUCUUGAUGACAUCU